UGUCUUGCGACGCCGCGCCAACAACCAUAACACACGCGCCUACAACCCAUGAAGGUGAUCAUCCUCACCACGUCAGCCGAUAAGAUGGGCGACCACCCCACCGGCGCUUGGAGCGAAGAGAUCACCGGUCCUUACUAUGCGUUCGUCGACGCGGGUGCCGACGUUACCAUCGCGUCAGUUUCUGGAGGGCCUGUUCCGAUUGACGCCGGAAGCCUCUCUGACGCCUUCAAAACGGAGAAUGACAAGCGGUUCGAGUCCUCUGGCGACAUCUCUAAGCUCGAGACCUCGGUGCCGCUUUCCUCCGUCGAGGUCGGCGAACUUGACAUCCUGUUCCUCGCGGGCGGGCAUGGCACGUGCGCGGACUUUGCCGAUGGCGCUGUGCCCAAGCUGGUGACAGACGCCUACGCCGCUGGCAAGGUGGUUGGCGCCGUGUGCCACGGGCCGACGGGCCUCGUCAACGCCAAAGAUGGCGACAAGCCGCUGGUCGCCGGCAAGAAGAUUGCCGCUUUCUCGGACGUCGAGGAGGGCCAGGUGCAACUCACCGAGAAGGUGCCGUUUCUGCUCGAGGCCAAGAUGAAGGAAUUGGGCGCCGAGUACGUGCCGUCGGAACCCUGGUCAGAGAAUGCUAUCGCGGACGGCAAGCUCGUGACCGGCCAGAACCCGCAGUCGUCGGUCAAGUGCGCAAAGCUGUGCCUGGAGGCGGCGAAGUAAGCACAGCUCCCGGAUUGUUGAUAGAGCGUGCUCUGUGUACGGUCGUGCCCGCGAGAGAGAUACGUAAGUGGGGCAGAGACGAAAAGGCCGCGCGUCCGCACGCGCGCGGCGCGCGCAGACCCGGUGCCGGCCCGCAAACCAUGUGUACGUAUUGCAUGCGCCUCUGAGACGCCUUUUGUUUUUGUUUUGUUAUUUGUGUGUUUAAACCCUAUCCGCGUGCCACCGC